AUGGAUGAAAAAGAAAUAGUUGGUGAUGAUUUCUUUAUAAAAAAUCAGACCUCAAUCUUGAAACAUUUGUCAAGAUUGGGUCAGAAAAAUAUACGAUACACGGCGACAUUGGCAGGAUUAACUAUAACGGCAGAAUUAGCAGGGUUACUUCAACAAGCAGCGUCAGAAAUGAAUCGGUGCUCGAAGCUAAUUCAGGCCGAAGAAGCGAAGGAGACGAGGCGUGAUCUUAGUGGCUUGAAAUCCCUUCACUCAGAAAGGAAUAAAUUAAAUGAAAAGUCUCGGGAACUGGAAUUGUGUAUCAAGUCCCUAUUCAGGAAUAUAAUUUAUAAACGCAUGAAAGAUAUCGUACCAGUGACACGAAGUAUCCGCAUAUGUGAAUUGGGCCGCUGGUUGACAAAACACACAAGACUGUUUUUAAAUGACGGGAAUUUACGAUUUAUUGCAUAUUUCGUGUAUGACAAGGCUGCAUCAGUACGAGCAAACUCUUUGAAAGCCUUGAUCCCGUUGUAUGAGGACGAUGAACUACCAAGAAAAUUAAAAUUGUUUACACAGAAAUAUCAACAGAGAUUUCUUAGUUUAUCUUGGGACAAGAGCCGUUUUAAUCAAGAGAUUGCAAUAAAGCUUGUCACAGCUAUGUUCAGGUCUUAUCCAUACUUAUUCACUAGGAAAGACUUGAACACUGUUUCAAGUUUGAUGUUCUCUCCAAAUCGAAAGGUUGCCAUCCCAAUCGAUAAUGUUUUUUUGAAAUUGGAUGAAGAUUCAAAUGGGGCCGGGUUUGGGGUUCGAUGGUUCAGACAUGUUGUAACUUCUGUUAUUGAAUUGAAAGGAUUAAAUUUUAUUUCUUAUCUAGUGGAUGCCCUAGUUGCAAACAUUGAGAUAAUGAAAGAUUGGAAUUCGAUGAUACAUAUUCUAACAGAAGAAGUUGAUGAUCCUUUGACCCCAAUCCCCCAACCCCAGGAAAUUUUAAUUGAAAUGAUGUUCUGGUGUGCAAGUCUUUCAACUACUAGUGAAUAUCCAACUGAUAGCAUGGUCCCAAGUUUAAAACAAAGAAAACAAAUGAAGGAAGAAAAAUUAAAUAUCACAAAACAUCUAAUGCCUGUGAUAGCAAUUCUGUUGGCUCGCUUCAAAACCAAUGUGAAUUGUAUUAUUCAUUUGAUCAGAAUACCUCAAUAUUUUGACUUCGAAAAUAGAAGUGAGAUGGAAGAUCUGCAUUUAAGGAAUUUAUUGGGCGCUCUGCAAGUCAUCGCCCAGGAUUCUGCAGACGCAAUAGUGUUGGACAACUGCAGCAAGACUUUGCAUUGCCUUUAUAAAAGGGCAAGCAUUGUUGCAGAUUGCGAUAUAUGGGAUGAUUUUUUAGAAGAAUUUCAAAUGUUUAGGAAUGGUGUCAUUGAAAGAAAUCGUCCUAUCGAGGGAACGAGAUACUGCCUACUUUCCUGCGGCACAUAUUUAUCUUGGGAAUUGAUGGAAGUAAAAGAUAUGGAUCUAAAUAAUAUGGUACUCAAUGCUAUGGAUUGUAUGAAACGAGCCGAUGUAUUAGAGUUAAAAUUGAAAAAAUAUAUUGAAAUCUGCAAGGACAUCGUAAAAAAUGUCACUCAUGAUGAUCUGCAACAAGCUCAAAAACACGACCACAUACCACCAGUUCAACUCAAUCAGAUAACAAAUAUGUCACAAUCCACGACAGAUGUCAGACAUGUGAGCGGAACGAAAAAUAUUCCGGCUAACUUGUUUUCAAGAGUUCAAUCAAUCAGUUCCCAAUUAGAAUUUACCGAAAUAGCAAAAGCACAAAAGGAGGACAAGGAGCUUAAACAAUAUUUAUUAAUUAAAACUGCAUUACAACUUAAGACAAGAAAAAUUCCAGGAACAAAUUACUCCAUAUACUGCGACACGCCUCAAGGAAGAGAACGACCAUUCGUACCUGUAAGCAUGAGAAAGAAAAUUUUUGACAGGCUGCAUAAUUUAAGUCACCCAGGACCUGGACCAACGAUAAAACUAGCGCUUUCUUUGGCCAAACAUCCGUCGGGACUGUAG